AUGCUGUUUAGCGGUGCCAAAAUUUACAAGUUGGAUUGUGUUGAUAUUACGGUGUUGAAGAACAGUGGAAGUUGUAGCAAAAAUGCUUCUAUUUCAUUUGAAGAUAGCUGCUCUAGUAUUGUGGAUGAAGAUGAUUACCUUACUGAGGCAUUUAGGACUGAAAAAUUUCGUGGCGGUUCCCCCGAGUUCCGAGAGAAGCUCAGAAAAUAUACUGUUGAAGUUGGGUUCAGCUUUGUGUUUAUUAGAAUGAUUGGGAUAGAAUUCAUGCGGUUUGUUCCAAUUGGGGAACCGAAUGAUGUGAUUGGAAUCAAGUUCAAGUCAGCUUAUUGGUUUGAUAUAUCAUACAAGGUUGCUUGGAAAGCAAAGAAGAAGGCUAGGGAAAUGAUUUAUGGUUCUGAGGCUGAUUCGUUUAACAAGUUAACAUGGUAUAGGGAUACUGUAUUUGAGACUAACUCGGGAUCUUCGUUUGUUUUGGAAGUUGAUCCAUUGAGCAAUCGGUUUCAGAGGCUUUUCCUAGCUUAUGCAGGCUGUGUUAAAGGCUUUGAAUUCUGUCUUCCCUUCUUGUUUGUCGAUGGGACUUUUGGGAAGAGUGUCUACAAGGGGCAGAUACUUUGUGCAACUGGAAAGAAUGGAAAUCAUGGUUUCUUUCCUCUUACAAUGUGUGUCUGUGAUUCUGAGAUUGAUGCUAAUUGGUCCUUUUUCUUCCAACACUUGAAGAGCUUGCUGGAACCUCAAGGUAGAUUAAUUACGUCUACUAGUGAUCAUGGUGUUGGACUGUUGAAUGCUUUCGACAAGAUAUUUCCUGGUAAUCCUCAUCUUUUCUGUUACAAGCACUUGGUGCAUAAUCUUAUGACUAAAUACAAUGGUAAAGGGUCUUCUGUUUUGAAAGAUGAUGUUAAAAAGAAGUUUUUUGAGUUGGCAUAUUCGUGCACUGAAAAGGAAUAUCGUUUUCAUUUAAGAGACUUGAGAGAAGUUGGUGGUGCUGAUAUUAUAGAUUCAUUUCUUGCUGAUUUGCCUCUUCAAAAUUGGUGCCGCGCAUUUUUCCCUGGAUGCCGUUAUGGAAUUAUGGCUAAUAAUAUAGCUGAAUCUUUUAAUGCUUGGUUUGCUGUUGAGCGUGAGAUGCCAGUGUACACUAUGCUUGAUCAGACUUGGAUUAAGGUGAUGCAGAUGAUGGGUGAGAGGAGAGACGAGGCUCAAAUUUGGACCUCGCAACUUACUCCUGUUAUGGAGGGUCGUUUGAAAGAAGAUAAGCAUUUUCAUGUUGAUAAUUGCCAGAAGUGCUAUGAUUUUCCAAUUCAUCCAAUUUCCAACGUUGAUAUGGCUUCUUCGGAAUCUGCUAGCAGUGGCUUCAUACUUCCUCCAAAUGUAAAGAGGCCUCCUGGGAGGCCUAGGCUCAAGAGGGUCAAGUUUAGAGGAGAGUGUGAAAAGAAGCUCAUUCGUUGCAGCCGAUGUGGCAAAAUGGGACAACAUAACAAGAAGACCUGCACUGAACCUAUUUGA